AUGGAAAAGGUGGUGCACACCCUUGAGCAGCGCGGACAGCAGCCAACGCCGCUUGCGGACCAAGUUACGACCCAACCUUCUUUGCUGAAGAAUGUGGCGUUGCACGACUACCAACUGACAGGGCUACAGUGGCUGCUGCGUAAGCAUGAGCAAGGACUGAACCCCAUUUUAGGAGACGAAAUGGGGCUGGGCAAGACGCUGCAGAUUAUCUCCUUCAUUGUGGCGCUGGUCGUCUCGGACCGGGAGCACAAUAUGGCUGAAGGAGGUAGGUACCUAAUCGCCGCUCCACUGAGCGUUCUGCCCAAUUGGAUGGAGCAAUUCGAGCAGUUCGCGCCCAGCAUUUCGACCGUCAUGUACAUCGGCCCCGCGAAAGAUCGGGAGGCGAUACAGAAGGCCAUCGAGGCCAGUCCACUGGCUCAACCGCUGGUGGUCGUGACAUCCUAUGAGAUGUUGCUGUUUGACCACGAUUUCUUUCACAAGACCCAAUGGGAGGCGACGAUAAUGGACGAAGGACACAGAUUAAAAAACCCGAAGGGCCAACUCCACGGAAUCGUCUCGACCAGACUUCGCUCGAAGUACAUGGCGAUACUCACAGGCACUCCAAUUCAGAAUGACCUUCAAGAGCUCUUCGCAUUGCUGUCGAUUCUGAACCCGAGCAUUUUUAAUGACCAGAAGCUUUUUGAAGCCACGUUCAGAGAUUAUUUUUCAGCCAAGGCGCAACGACUUGAGGAGGAUCGACAGGCGAAGUCCAAGCGAGCAUCCAGAGCGGAAGAGCUCAUGCGUAGACUACUGGCUCCGUUACUACUGCUGCGUACGGUGCAGGAUGUUCAGGGAGCAUUUACACUGCCACCGCUGUCCGAAAUGGUCGUGCAUACACCCAUGUCGGCGAUGCAACGCGCAUACUACAAGGAAGUAAUUGCGAAGAAUGCCGAGGUCCUGAAUAGGGCAGCGAGAGCUCAAGGCAACAGGGUCCCAUUGCUGAAUAUUUUGCCGCAAUUGCGGAAGGCAUGCAACCAUCCGUACUUGUUUCCUGGAGCAGAACCAGAGCCGUUUGUGGAAGGAAGUCACUUGUACGAAAACAGUGGCAAGCUCUUCGUUCUACAUCAAAUUUUGCCACGAUUGAAGCAAAAGGGUCAUCGGGUGCUGUUGUUUAGCCAGUCUCCACCUUUCUUAGACAUUAUUCAAGACUUCCUCACGCUUGAGAGCUUUGCAUACGAACGCAUCGACGGGUCUGUACGCGGCAAAGAGCGUUGGCAGUGCAUUGAACGCUUCAAGAAGGACCCCGAAACCUUUGUCUUUCUCAUCUCCACACGAGCUGGAGGUUUGGGACUAAAUUUACAGAGCGCAGACACGGUCAUCUUUGCGGAUUCGGAUUACAAUCCCCAAACGGAUCUCCAAGCGAUAGCGCGUGCGUACCGAUUGGGUCAAACCAAACCAAUUCAUGUGAUCAAGUUUCUAUGUGCAAACACGGUGGAAGAAAGCAUUUAUCGACGGUCUUUGAAGAAAAUGCGCAUGGCCGAUCGCAUUCGUAACCUCGCACGCCGAACUAACGUCGAAGAUGAAGAAACUGAAGACGAUAGCGACAAGAGUUUGCUGGAUCUGAUCCAGUUUGGAUUGCACCGACUGAUGCAAGAGGCCGCCGAUGAAGACGAAGACGCGCUGAUGAAACCUUUGGAAGAGGAAUACAUUCAGCACAUUCUGGCCCGGAAAUCGCUCCAGCCAGCUGACAGGGCUACAGAUUCCGACGACGAGACAGUAUCAACUGUGAAAAGCGACAAACUGCUUGAGUCGGGUGGGGAUUUCCGAGAGGAGAACAUGUACUACUUUGAAGGAGAAGACUACACCAAGAUCGUGACGAACAAGGCACAAGAUGCAGAGUUGCUUGAAAAAUUGUGCAAGGAAACAACAAAUAGCUCGAAGCGCCAGACAAAGACAGCACGAAAGCGAUAUGAUCAAGAUGACGACGAGGAAGAAGACGAGGGUGAGGAGAAUGUUGUUGAGAAUGAAGUUGAACGGGCUCGAAAACUAGAGGAGCGGCGACAAAAAGCGCUGGAAAGGAAACUCGCCCAGUGGAAGGCCAACAACCCAGGACGACUGUACUACAAGUCUGGUGAUGCCAGUCAUCCUCCUCUCACGAGCUUACGCUCGCGCCCGUACAUUGUUGUCCAUUGCGGGGAUAACAGUGGUGUUUGGUGUUCACGUGGGUUUUUUCGCAGCCUAUCGUCGCUGUCACCUGCUAUCCAGAAGCAGUACGAAGCGGCUGGCCGCAACGGCGAUCUCAAGCUUGGUAGUGCACACUUGAUGCGACUACCAGCAGCCAACAAUAACUUGCCAGCCGAUGGAUAUGUGUGCUUACUCGUCGUACAAGGAUUCAUCGGGAAGAAGAAACAGCGUGUGGGUAAUGGUGUCCGGCAGGGCAAGUCAUCGAACUUUCGACUCAAUGCCCUGGAGACUGCGCUGCAGGCCUUAGCACAUCGUGCUCUUGAGUUGAGGGCCACAGUUCAUCUACCUCGUAUCGGCUACGGAACUCCGAAUUUCAACUGGUACGCUGUUGAGCGUCUGCUAGCACGCAAUCUUCGGGACGUGGGUGUCGAAGCAACGAUAUACUAUUAUUCACGUGGAGGUUAG